CCCCACUCACACCCUCAAGAUAUAUAUCUUUCUAUUCCCCUUUUUUCUCCCAUCUCCAUUAGAGAGAAAAAAAGAAAAAAAAAAACUAGACUACAAGUACCCAACAGUUUUAGUCUUAUCAACAACAACAAAAAAUAAACUAGUGAAAGAGAAACUAGGACUCUACUAUCAAACUCUUUGAUUUUUCUCUAUCAGUACCAAAAACUCAAAUCCUUGAAUACUCAAAAGACGAAAAAUUCAAAGCAUGGGACGUUCACCUUGUUGUGAAAAAGCACAUACAAAUAAAGGAGCAUGGACUAAAGAAGAAGACCAACGCCUCAUCAAUUAUAUACGUGCUCAUGGUGAAGGUUGUUGGCGUUCUCUCCCUAAAGCUGCAGGAUUGUCAAGAUGUGGAAAGAGUUGCAGAUUGAGAUGGAUAAAUUAUUUAAGGCCUGAUCUCAAAAGAGGGAAUUUUACUGAAGAAGAAGAUGAAUUGAUAAUCAAACUUCAUAGUUUGCUUGGAAACAAAUGGUCAGUUAUAGCUGGAAGAUUACCUGGAAGAACUGAUAACGAAAUCAAGAACUAUUGGAAUACACAUAUUAAACGAAAACUCAUCAGUCGUGGCAUUGAUCCUCAAACUCACCGUCCACUCAACACCACCGCCACUAACUCCCACACCACCACCAUCACCACCGCAGUCACAACCACCACCCCCACAACCAAAAACAUCAACAUGGAUUUCACAAACAACGUUGACCAAAAUCAACCCAAUAUUAUGAUUGCCACGUCGUCGUCAUAUGAUGAAACAAAAUGCAACAGUGGUACUACUGAGGAAACAAAGCCACUAGAAAUUAUUAUUCCGAAAAUACCCUCACAAGUUAUGAUAAAUCUUGAACUUUCUAUUGGGUUGCCAUUACAUAGUCAUCAUAUUUCAUCACCAGAGUCAACGGCCUCAUACAACUUCUUGACCACCGUAGCACCGCCGCCAACCGGGGCGGUACCCGCGGCAGAGACGGUGGCGAAAACGGUUUGUUUGUGUUGGCAAAUUGGAUAUCAAGGUGGUGGUGGUCAGUGGUGUGGCAAAUGCAAAAACACAAAUGGAUUUUACAGAUAUUGCUGACCUGGCUUUUUUGGAUAUUAUUUAAGUACCUUAGUAUUAAUUUUUUUUUUCUUAAAUAUUACUUUACCAUUUUGUGAUAAGUGAAUAUUUUGGGUUUUGGGUUUUGGGUUUUAGGUUUAGAUAUUAAUUUUUUUUUCUUUUGCAUUUUUUGCCUUCUAAUUGUAAUCAUCUACUCACAAACCUUUGUAGUACAUUUGUUGCAACAACUUACCAUGGUAUGAAUUGGAAUAUGUAUUUAAUUUUCCAAUUUUAGUCU